AUGCUGCGAUGUGUCACUGCGGUGUGGCGCUGUAGUUUUAAGCCCUCGCUGGCGUACGAUAAACUUGUAAAUGCAGGGAGCAUUUCACGUGAUACCCAGCAAUUGAGUGCGUUACCCGUGUUUGAUCGUCUUUAUGAAGACCUUGUACGUUAUACAAAUAGCGUUGGUCGAUUACGUCCACGUCAGGUAGAACUUCGGCCGCCAAAUCGACUUGGCGUGGUGCCUUCCUUUUUUAUUCGCCGUGAGCAGGAGGAUAAAGUGCGACGGGCCUUGCAAGAGAUUGGGAAUGAUGCGAAUACGGCGUACCACCCUUUGUCUCUUGUGAAAGGGCUGUAUGUGUAUGGUGGGGUUGGCUGUGGGAAGACUAUGUUGAUGGAUUUGCUUUAUCAUCACGCCCCAACGGAAAUCAAGAAGCGACGCAUUCAUUUUCAUCAAUUUAUGUUAGAUGUGCAGCGUACAUUACAUGAUAUUCAGUACAUUUCAAAAAGUAACUCCGAACUGCAACCGCGGCGCACAAAAGAGGCUUCUGUUGAUCUUUUUGAUGAAGUUGCACAGAGACUUAUUAGCGAUGUGGAGUUGUUAUGCUUUGACGAAGUUGUUGUUGUGGACGUGGCCCACGCUAUGAUUAUGCGGCGUUUAUUUAACGCUUUUUAUAAGAUUGGGCUUGUUGUUGUCUUUACAUCCAAUCGGCCGCCCGAUCAGCUGUACCUUGGGGGUCUUAACCGUGAGUCUUUUGUUCCUUUUAUUGAGUUGGUGAAGCGGCAGUGUGUUUUGUACGAUAUGCGCAGUGAGACGGAUCACCGCCUUACUGGAAGUGAUGCACAGAUGUAUAUUGCCCCGAUGAAUGAAGAGAACAGCGCGCGGUUCAAUAACAUCUUUUUACAACUUUGCAAAGGAAUGCCACCAAAGGAGCGGAUUUUGCGGGUGUUUGGUCGUGAUGUGCGGGUACCCACCGCAUGUGGUGGGGUGUGUCGAUUUCAGUUUACUGAAAUCUGCAGUGAAGCGACGUCGAGUGCCGACUACGAGAUUAUUGCCAAAACAUUUCAUACCGUUUUUAUUGAAGGUGUGCCUCGUUUCGCGUAUGAAAGCAGCGAUAUUAAGAGUCGCUUUCUCCUUCUUGUGGAUGCGCUUUAUGAGUUUCGCUGCAAAGUUAUCAUUUACGCCCAAGUACCACCGCGGGAGUUGCAGGAAAGUAAGGCGGAAUACGAGGCAUCUCAGAAGCAUCUUGAAAGUGGUGGCAACAGUGGAGACGUGGGCAGAUUUGAUUUGCUUACGGAAUUUGAACGUGAGUCCGGUAAGAGGCUAAUUGACCACACGGAUGCCGCCUUUCAAAUGGAACGAUGUAUCUCACGCCUCAUUGAAAUGCGAUCACGUGAAUAUCUUGAGAGUCCACAUCGCCAUGAGGAGGUUUCACUGAGCACGGAGUAA